AUGAAGAAGCCUGGAUUUUCAGAAAGGUCAUUAACACAUGAAUCGGCAAACGGCGUUAAGCUAUUACUGGAUACAACAAACUCAUGUUUGAAAGCCUUAAGCAAUAUUGAAGUUAAAGUGUCAGACUGGGACGUCAUCAUAAAUCACUUGGAUUUAGCAAAAUUAAAUCAGGAAUCGAGAAGGCUGUGGGAGGUACAAAUUUGCCAACUAGAAUCUGAAAAAUUACCGCCCUGGAAUCAUGUAGCAAUUUUUCUUGAGUCCAGAUUCCGAGCACUUGAAAUGAUUGAUACAGGAAAAAAUGUCAUAAGAAGUCCAAUAGUAGCAACCUCAAACAAAGUCAUAAACAAAAAUCGUAUCAUGCAACAAUCUCAGAAGAAAAAAAGUUGCGAAUCUAUCGAUGAAGCUAAAGAAAUUUAUGAUCAAAUGGUUAAAUUAAAGAGCGUUGGCGGUUUUAUACUGCAGAAAUGGAACACGAACUCUCAAGUUUUAUUAGAAUAUAUUGAAGAAGAAAGUAAAGGAUCAGAAGCACUAGUUUUCAAAACUAAUAACGAUAUGAUAAAGAUGCUCGGCAUAAGAUGGAAUCGGACAACGGACUGUUGUGAAUACGUCUUAAAAUUAUCAAAUUUACCUGAAUCAAUGACUAAGAGACAUGUUCUAUCAAAAAUAGCAAGAUUAUAUGAUCCCCUAGGAUAG